AUGGGAGAAUCAGCGCGCACCUUGUGGAUGAAGCCGAAGAAAGAAAAGAGCGUGAGGAGAGAUAACGAGAGCAGCGUGUCUGAGUUCCUUCUCCUGGGGCUCCCCAUCCGGCCAGAGGACCACGCUACGAUCUCUGCCCUGUUCCUGGCCAUGUACCUGACCACAGUGGUGGGGAACCUGCUCAUCAUCCUGCUCAUCAGGCUGGACUCCCGCCUCCACACGCCCAUGUACUUCUUCCUCAGCCACUUGGCCUUCACGGACAUCUCCUUCUCGUCAGUCACGGCUCCAAAGAUGCUCACGAACAUGCUGACUCACACUCAGUCCAUCUCGUACGCUGGCUGUGUUUCCCAGGUGUAUUUUUUUCUAUUUUUUGGGAGCAUCGACAGCUUCCUUCUGACCUCCAUGGCCUAUGACAGGUAUGUGGCCAUCUGCCACCCUCUGCACUACAGCACCAUCAUGAGCCAGAGCCUCUGUGUCCUCCUGGUAGUUGUGUCCUGGGUCUUAUCUAAUGCCUGUGGCCUUGCGCACACCCUCCUCCUGGCUCGCUUAUCUCACUUUAGAGACAAUAUCAUCCCCCACUACUUCUGUGACCUGUCUGCCUUGCUGAAGCUGUCCAGCUCAGACACCUCCAUCAAUGAGCUGGUCAUCCUUCCUGUAGGGACCGUGGUCAUCACCGUGCCCUUCAUAUGCAUCCUGGUCUCUUAUGGCAGCAUCGGAGCCACCAUCCUGAGAACUCCCUCCAUCAGGGGAAUCUGCAAAGCCUUGUCCACGUGCGGCUCCCACCUCUGUGUAGUCUCUCUGUACUAUGGAGCCAUUAUUGGGCUAUACCUAGUCCCUUCAUCUAAUAACUCAAAUGACAAGGAUGUCAUUGUGGCUGUGAUGUAUAGUCUCGUCACACCCAUGCUGAAUCCCUUUAUCUACAGUCUGAGGAAUCGUGACAUGAAAGGAGCACUGGGGAACAUCCUCAGCCGGAGAGCGCGUUCACAGUGA